AUGAUAUCAAAUCAAAUCCCAACAUUACAUUAUCUGAAUGGACGUGGAAGAGCUGAAGCAAGCAGAAUCCUAUUGACUUUGGCAGGUGUUGAAUUCAAUGAUGUUAGACAUCCAUAUCCUCUCUCACCAGAUGGAAUCAAAGAGAAAACAACCUAUAAGCAAUUACCCUAUUUCAUAGAUGGUGAUUUCGAAAUUGCACAAUCCCUGGCAAUAGAACACUACAUUGCAAGCAAAUACGAUUUGGCAGGAGAUAACAUUUCGGAUAGAGCGAGAGUACUCUCAAUAGCACAAUCAACGAUCGAUAUCAUUUCACCACUGUUCUCCAACAACACCGACGAGAAGAAAGCUUUGUACAAGAAUGAAACACUUCCUCGGUUCCUCUCGGCAUGGGAGAAGAUCUUGGUUGGCAAUGGUGGAAAGUAUUUCGUUGGCUCUAAGCUGAGUGCAGCCGAUGCCAGUGCAUACUAUACUCUAGAGAAUCUCUAUUUCAAGAACUACAAAGAAGUAAUCGAUCAAUAUCCAAAUUUAACACAAUUCAAGUCAAUGUUUGAAUCAAUUCCAUCUAUUUCAACUUAUAUUUCAAAUAGACCAAUCGACCAAUCAUUUUAA